GUCCAGCCCUCGCUUGCAUGCCGUCUCAAUCACGAACCGCUGGCCGCCGCCGCCGCCGAGUCGAGUUCGCACGGCAAAUUAUAGUGCCCUCGCCUGUCUGGGUAUCUGGGAGACGCCAGCCCGCCCGCCCAGGACAUGCGACACUGUCAUCUCUUGUUGCGGCCAUGCGUGCAGCGUGCCCAGCAAAGCGCAGAGGCGGCUAGUUAAGGGCGGGACAUUAAUUAACCUUCGCUACCGCAGGGCGUCUUGGCCUCGCUGGCUUGGUUUCGCAAGGUACCAUCUUGGUACGCGGGCCGCCGUUGCUUGCUUGGGCCGGGGUAAAAGUUGUUUGGUGGCCGCUGCGCGAUUAGGAAGUCUACGCCGCCUCCAAAA